GCAGAGCUAGCCCUCAAAUCCUUUGAAGAAGAAGAUCCUUGCGGAGAUAAGGAUGUUUAGUGGACGAUGGAGUUGGCGCUGGCCAGUUCGCAUAGUCUGGUGGAAGACAUGAGGACGAUCGAGGAAGGACCAGGCCACGUAGAACGGCAUGAGGAUCUGAUGGGAGGAAUGUAUCUCCUCGUCAACACGCUACUGCAGGAAAGCCUCGACCAGUCAGGCUCGUUAAACCCGGCAGGGAAUGUGGACGAAGUGUCCGAGAGCCAGGACGACGAGUUCGAGGAGGGGGAGAUUAAGGAGGCCUUUCGCGCAGAAGAGUAUGAUGGGAUUUACCUAGAGUUGGGGCUUCUCUUGUCUUGCGAGAUGCGACUAGGGGAUGCAAGCGAUAGGGCUCAGAGGAUGAUGCAGCGCUACUUAGUGCGAGACUGUCACCUUUUCGUAAGAAGAGACGUGGAAAAUCCCAGGAGAGUUGUCUGCGGUAGGAACCGCCAGAUUGACAUCGUAGCAACACUACAUUAUGGCAUUGCAGGAGAGCAUCAAGGGGUACAAGCCACGUAUGCCAAGAUAAGUGAGUUGUACUACUGGGAUGGGAUGAUGAACAUGGCCGGGAAAUUUUGUCGAUCCUGCGUACCCUGCCAGGAGAGAUCCCGUUUAAGGCAAGGAGAGCCGCUGCAUCCAAGGCUAAAGCGAGAGGUGGGGGCUGUAGUGCAUCUCGAUCUACUUUUCAUGCCGCUUGGGGAUCAGGGUUAUAACUACAUCUUCGAUGCGCGCGAUAACCUGUCUGGCUUCGUAGAUGGUCGUGCCAUUCGUACCAAGACUGGUUCAAUUUUGGUUAGCUGGAUCGAAGAGUACUACCUGCGUUAUCCUUUCGUCAGGGAGUUCGUAAUGGACAGGGGAUCGGAAUUUACUUGCCAGGAGAUGUAUGAGUUGUUAUCAAGAGUUGAGAGGCGUCAGAGGAGUCAGAGGCAGAGGGACCCUGAGCCCAGGGAGGCGAGACCGUGUCGAGGAGGACGGAAGGCCCUAGCCAGGAGAGAGGAGGAGCGAGAGCCGGAGCCAGAGGCUGAGGAGCGAGGGGUGUACCCUGAGUGUGGGUUGGGACCAGUGGAGUUCCAUCGGUUUGCCGAGGGUGGAUUGAGGAGGUCGCCAUCACGCACACAGGAGGAGCCGCCAGCGUCUGAGGAGCCUUUGAGGGAGUYGRAGGYGMRUUUGGAUAUCUCUCAGUGGAGAGCGUCGCCUCGGGGUGAGGAGCUUGGAGAGCAGGCAGAGGAGGUGCCAYGAGAGGAGGUGCCACAGGAGGAGGUCCAGGAYACUCAGCGAAAGAGAGGGUUGGGCRAUGAGGAGAGACGUGCAGGGAAGGAAGWRAUAGAGGUUGGAGAGGACACGCCCCCUCAGACGCCAGCGGUGGGCUUGAGACUUGGAGAUGCACGUGGGAGCACGAGCCAGACAGGAGGGGAAUUGCAGAGAGAGGAGGCCCCAUUGCCUUCAUCAGAAAAGGCUCCUUCGCSAGAGGGGAGAGCAAAAAAGAGGAGAGAAAGGGCAGCUGUAAGGAGAGAAGCCUUGACCCUGAUUGACAGACACCUAGCGGCUCAUGCCCUGGAGCACCCGGACCUGGAGGAGCCAGCACCUGCAGAGCCGUGCCAAGAGUCGUGCCAGCCUGAGAAGGAGGUGGAGGCAGAGAUCCCGAAGAGGGUCGACCUCCGCACGAGGGAGAGGGCGCCAGCUGGAUAAACGGCUGAAGAAAAGAGGGCGAGAUAAACUGUGAGAAUAGAA